AUGAAGCACACGAAGAGGAGAAGGAAGAAGAAGAGCUCGGUAGAUCCGAAGCCAGUCGCCAAAGAAGACAAAGGCCAGAAGGUGAUCCGCGCGCUAACAGAGGACUUCUCCUCGGUUUCACUCGACGACGCCGUUUCUGCGUAUCGCGAAGCCAACGGUGACUCGAACAAAGCCGCAGAGAUUUUGGAGCGAGCUGUGGCUGAAAGCUCCGAAGAGCCGUUCACGAGUUCCACAACGAGUGGCGUUUCUGGAUCGGAUGCGGGUUCGAGUUGGGGCUCGAGCUCGGGUUCGGGUUCGUCAGAAGGGUUCGAGUCAGGCUGUAUUCAGAAUUUGGUGAGCGAGAAGGGUUUUAGGGGUAAGCAGAAGAGAGUUGUGGCGGCCGCGGGAACGGUAUCAACUUUUUUGGGUAAAGAUUACGUGAGCUCGAAUCCUAGGAGAGGUUCAUGGUCGACGAUGACGAAGCUGAAGGGUUUUGGUAAUGGAGUUGCUGUUGGGGAAGAAGAUGCCGAGCAGUUCCUUUGCUCUAUGCUUGGAGAUGAGUCUGAGCUAAGCUUGGCUGUUGUUAGAGAUGUCCUCUGUCAGUGUGGGUAUGAUGUUGAAAAGGCCUUGGAUGCAUUACUUGAUGUAUCUUCUUCCUCGUUUGAACAGUCCAGUAGUAGUUCUAACAGUAGUUUGAUUUUUAAAGAAGAUGGUAGAUAUCGCAUCGAUCAGUCUGAUACUCCGACAGAUAGGGCAUCUGAUUGCACUUCUCAUUCAUCUGAAAGCGAGCUCCAGGAUAAUAUAUGGUAUUCCGGAUAUAGUUGCCGGAAUUAUGCAAAGGUUCUUGCUAGUUCUGAAGCUCAAUCACCCGUCAGCCCAAGAAGUACUCCAGCAGAACUCCCUCAAAAGGUGUUGGAAUCUUUGUUUAACAUCUCCAAGAGUCCUGAAUAUGAACCAACAGCCAUGAAUUGGAAGAAUGUUGUAAAUAAGUUACAAUCAUUGGCACCCGGGUUUGAUGUUUGCACUUCUAGCUCUGCAGAAGCACAGAAGGACGCCUUUGUUAAAGGAGACGAGUAUCAUGCAUUCAGAGGAACUGCAAAGGAGCACUGGGAUUCAGUGAGGUCACAUUAUCAGAAAGCUGCAACGGCAUAUUCAAAAGGAUCACGGGAAUACGCAGGUUACCUCGCUGACCAGGGGAAGGUACAGACAAAGUUGGCACGAGAGGCUGAUGAAAGGGCAAGCCAGGAUAUCUUUAAAGCUAGAAACAAGGGCAUAGAAAAUGUGAUAACAAUUGAUUUGCAUGGACAACACGUCAAACAAGCAAUGAAGCUUUUAAAAAUCCAUCUCCUAUUCGGAACAUAUGCACAAUCGGUUCAAUUCCUCAGGGUCAUCACAGGGUGUGGGUCACAUGGUGUUGGAAAGUCAAAGCUGAAGCAAUCGGUCAUCAAACUUAUUGAGAAUGAAGGUAUAAAAUGGAGUGAAGAGAAUCAGGGAACGGUAUUAAUCAAGCUAGGUGCACAGAAAGAGUUCAGCUUUCUAGAUUCGGAGAGUGAUCCUGAGUAA